AUGAAAGACACGUUUAGAAAAACAUUUGCUUCAUCGAUUAUAACAGGUACGAAGCUUUUCAGUAUCACAGCACAAGACAGAAAUGGUGGAACUGUAACUGUUAGAGCAACAGGAGAAACCAGUGAUAUCGUUACAAUCAAACAAACACAAAGUGGUACCUGGGGAGUUUUUCUGAAAAAGAACCUGGAUAGAGAGGUUACACAAUCACUACAUCUGUUAAGAUUUAUUGCAACUAGCAGCGAAAAGGAUGCUCCUUCGUCCGCCUUAGAAGUAACCCUUUUUGUGAAUGACGUAAAUGAUGAACCCCCCAAAUUCUCACAACCAGCGUACCAUAUCCAAGUUCCAGAGGAUCAUGAUUUAGCUGUUCCCAUUAACAUCUCUAUCUCUGCUACCGACCCUGAUAAUGGACCCGGAGGAUCCGUGUCCUAUGAUAUGAAGUCUGCUGGCCAGGCGUCUGCACUGUAUGGAAAAAUAUUCAUCAUAAAUCCACUAAAUGGACAAGUCACCCUAAAUCAACACCUUGAUUUUGAGAGAUUAACAUUUUAUCAGUAUACAUUGAUUGCCAAGGAUGGAGGUAAUCCCAGACUGAGUAGUACUGCCGACCUAUUGAUCACAAUUUUGGAUGUACCAGAUACUCCACCAAUAUUCAUUGGAUUGCCGUACAUGGUUUCAAUACAAGAGGGAAUACCCAUGGGAUCACUGAUCACAAAAGUUUUCGCAUUAGAUGGUGAUUUAGGAAUCCAGAACAACAUAUCAUAUAGUCUAGAGGCAGGAGAAUGUGCCUCUUAUGUAAGGAUAGAUGCUGUGUCUGGUGGAAUAUACACGCAUAAACCAUUAGACAGGGACUCUGGACUAUUCAACAGGGAAAACGGACUUUGUAGUAUAACACUCAAGGCAUCAGAGAUAACAGACGUUCCCAGCAAUGCAUCACAGACUACAGCAACCCUUAAACUAUUCGUCAAGGAUAUAAAUGAUAACCCCCCAGUAUUUGAGAAAAGUGUCUACACAGGCUAUGUACCGGAGGGUUUGACUGAUAUUGACAUAAAUAUUCCAGACGGUGUUUCACUGGCCGAUGCUGACCAGGGUAACAACAGCAUUGUGGAUUUAACAGUUUCUGUAAACUUUGGCAUGGGUGGGAGACUGUUUUUAGUUGAAGCCUCACCAUCUACAGUUUAUUCCAGUGGAUCAGUACAACUGAGGCUCGUCAAUAAUUUUACUGUCGAUUAUAAUACGUGGACCAUUCUUCACCUCUAUGUAAAAGCUGAAGACAGAGGUGUACCCAAACUGUCUAGCUCUUGUCAAGUGACGUUAUACGUUAAUCAAACAAACAGAUUUUACCCACAAUUCGUUGCAAGCGCUUUUAGUUUCUCGAUUCCAGAAAACACAAAAUAUGGAACCCCAGUAGCAAGUGUACAGGCCAAUGAUAUGGAUACUGGAAAUUACGGAAAAAUUCAAUACAUAUUAUCAGAAACAGAUAAUUCGUUCAGCAUCAACUCUAAGACUGGAGUAAUAUCAGUGGCAUGUAACAGCAGUUGCUUGGACAGGGAAAGACAAAGGGUUUACUAUAUGUCGGUUGAAGCAAGGGAUGGUGGAGGAAAGGUGUCGUCUGCUCCUGUGAAAAUAACACUCAUGGAUGUAAACGAUAACAGUCCGAUGUUUUUGCAGCCAAAAUAUGAAUUUGGGAUCACAGAAAAUUCUUCAUUAAUAUCAGGAAUUAAUAACUUCACUGUACAUGCAGUUGAUUAUGACGAACCUCGUACAGCCAACAGUUUGAUUACCUACACCCUUCUUCCUCGACUAGACACCUUAGAUAAACAUUUCACCAUUAGCAGCACUACUGGAUCUAUCCGAAUCGUCAACCCUCUGACACGUAAUCAGCUUUCCUCUAUCCCUGAUGGAAGGCUAGAACUAGCGGUUACUGCACAUGACCAUGGUUCUCCAAGUCUGGCCUCAACUGUGUCUGUGACAGCUUUUUUACAGGCACACCUUCAUUCCGCCACAUCGUGCAACUACAAAAACUCAAGUUCAACGACAUCGGUGAAGCCUGCACAACACGGGGACACUUAUUCAGGACAAUCAUUUGUGUUGUGUGAAGGACAAGCGGGUUACAUUCAGUGUGAAGUAGGGAAGCUAAUCCGAAUUAUCUCUGCCGUAUAUGGAAGAACCACUAAUGACAUUUGUCCUUCAAGUAACCUUGGUUCUCUUAGAUGUCAGUCACACUCAUCCACAGACCGUGCUAAGUGGUCCUGUAACGGUUACAGACGCUGUAGAUUGUCUGCUGAUAGCAGCAUUUUUGGGGAACCAUGUGUCGGUGUCGACAAAUAUUUGGAGGUUUCUUUUCAUUGUGUCGACCGAUCCGAUAUACUUGGCAUAUUUGGAUAAUCUCUCUAUGGAAACCAUUCAAAAUGAAAAGGACUCUUUUUCAA